AUGAGUUUCAGAAGGGGUGUACUCCCUGAGUCUGUCCUGGGCAGUAUUCCUCUUCCCAGCUACCGGAUCCUCUACUGCUCCCCCAGGGAGUGCAAGAACCGCAAAUAUGCGUUCAAGGUGGUUCAUCAGGGCAUGCGGCCGUACAUCAUGAGCGCUGAAACCCAGGAGGACAUGCUGGGUUGGGUCAAGGCUCUCAGCCAAUCAGCAAGCAUGGAGGCUGAUGACAUCAUCAACAGGCGCUGUGCCAGUUUUCAGGACUUCACUCAGAUGGGAGAUAACGCCGAAACCAUGGAGCUCCAGCACACGUUUCCAAAACAGGCCGUCACAAAACUGAGCAGGGUCCAGACAGAACCGACGCUGCUGGAUCAGGACGGGACGGGAAUUAAAAUGAAGACACCAGAGCUGAGAGGAAGACACGAGAGCAGAGCGAUCGCACCUGAAGCUACUAAGUAUUCUCAGACUUUACUGAACGCAGAAGAGGAGCCUCUUUCCUUCCUACAUCCGAAGGCAACCUUCAAGCAACCUUCAUUUCUCAGAGAUCAGUAUGGGUCUCCGUGUCAGGGUAACGUGGGCAGAACAGAUGUCUGGCCCUUGGAUAACUGCUCGAGUGCUCCAAUAUCCCCCUGCAUCUACACAGAGAGAGGACUUCUGCUCGACAAGCCUGAGUUUCCAUGUUCUGUGUGCUACUCUUCCAACUACCACACGGCAGAACACGUGGCCAUGUGCAAGGUAGGUAAACCAGACAUCGUCCUAGAGAGAGAAAUCCAACCAAUCAGAGAUCUGGAAAACGAUACAGAUGUGAGUGUAUUGCAAUGCGUGCAUUUGUGAGAAUAAAGUUAUGAAAAUUUUGUACACAUUUGGGGCAUUAAAUAGUGUGGUUAUUUCAGUAAUUCAAAUCCUUCCUAAACUGUGUCAUGGUGAGUAGAGAAUUGUUGAAACUGACAAUAGACUUAAGAAAUGCUAUUACAACAGAAGUCUAUUUGUAACUUAAGAACUACCUUCACUUGAUGACUGUUACACAAGCAACAUCAAACAAUUUUCUUUAAAAUAUUUGAGACAUUUCAUAACUUCUUUGUUAAGAACAUUUUCAUGAAUCCACCCAAGUGCUAGUUUAGUAUUCUUAACAUUCUGUUAGUUUUUAUUUAAAAAAAUUCUUCAUUUUAAAUUUUAAUUUAAUUUUAAAAGGCAUAGUAAUUUUUCAUUUAAUUAAAAAUUC